GAUUUUGUUCAAGAAAACGGUCUUCUGAUGAUCUACUGUAAAAAUGAGCUUUAUUGCUCUGUGGUAUCCAUUCAAGUCAGCUGCAUUUUUCACUUAGUAUAUUAUUCGAAUUUUUUAGAAAUUUACAAAUUUUUUAACUAUGAUAAUAAGAGAACUAAAAGGGCACCUUUUCCAUUUUUUAAUAUAUCAACAAGUGAGACUUCUUGAUAUUCUCUUUUAUAAAAGUGAAGUUGAUUUCUCUUUCAUACUUUUUUUAGUUCUUUUUUCGAAAAAAAAUUUUUUUAGUAAGACUAAAACAUCACUUCUUAUUCUGGCGUAUUUUUUCUUCUCUUGUUGAAUAAAUUUAGGGUUAAUUUUAAAACACUUGUCAUGGAACAAUGAAUGAAAAAAUAAAACGUUCCCUUCUGCGCGACAAUUUCCUGUAAUAAUAAUUAAUUAUCGAAAAACGCGCUAAUCUACAUAAAACAACACGACUAAUCACCACUCUUCAAUUGAUACGAUUUUGAAAGCGAAAACAUAAAUAAAUACGAAAUUAAAUUGAUAACCCACUAGUGAUGACCCAGAGUGCCAACCAAAUCCAUUAAUAACCAAAAACCGUCUUUUUCCACUAGGAAAAAGGGGUAAGUUGCAAACAAGAUUACUCAGGUAGAAAAAUUAAUCUGUAAUAAUUCACCCCAGUGGGGGUUGUGAUGAUAACAACUUUGAAGAACUAGUGGUACCACCACCACGUGCUCAUCCCCUCUCAAGUCAAAAACUAAACUUUUAAAUGCGUAUUUAAGGGGUGGGUGACAGUAAUUUGCUCAUUUCGGACGUUGGUGCUGUGUGAAUUUUGAGUGCGAAAUUAUGGAAGGCCCAAUGGUCAGUGUGUACAACAAUGAUUUUUACCCGAUUGAGAAGACCAAGGCCCAGUUGGCCAAUAAGGAACUGUGGGACCAGUUUCACGACCUGCAGACGGAGAUGAUAAUCACCAAAAGUGGGAGGCGCAUGUUCCCGGCCUUAAACCUCAAAAUCACCGACUUGGACCCAUCCGCCGACUACUGCCUCUUCCUGGAGAUGACCUUAGCCCACCACUGCCGCUUCAAAUUCUCCUCUUCGGUGGGCUGGUCCCCCGCAGGCCACGAGGAGGCCCAGAGCCCCCACCGGAUCUACAUGCACCCGGAGUCGCCCUCUAAAGGCUCGCACUGGAUGAACCAAGACAUCUCGUUCUCGCGAGUCAAACUCACAAACACAUGUUCGCCCCCUCAAGGCCAGUUGGUUUUAUCAUCCAUGCACAAAUACCAACCCCGCAUUUUAAUCGUCAAGGCUUCCACAGCCCAGGCUUUAGGCUGGGCCCCCACGAACGUUUUCACCUUUCCUGAAACACAGUUCAUUGCAGUUACGGCCUAUCAGGUUUGUUGUUUUUUGUGGUUGGUUGUUAAAUCGUUAAUUGUGUGCGUGUGUGUGUUACAGAAUGAGAAAAUUACAAAACUAAAAAUCAACUACAACCCUUUUGCGAAGGGUUUUCGCGAAAAUGGGAAAUCGAGUGCGAAGCGGAAACAGUUAGUUUCCGAACAUCCCGACUCUCCCAAUAGUAAGAAAAGUGCAACUCCUUCGCCACCCCCACAAUCGGAAGUUAAUGAGCGCAAGGAGAAUCUGACGUGUCAGCCUGCGGUGCCCUACGUGCCCUUUUAUAGGUAUUGUUACCGCCCUUAUCCUGUUUAUAAUCAGUGGUGGAGUGGCCCUUUACCUAUGUAUUACCAAUAUCCGUUUGGGCUUCCUGAGUACGAAUACUCGUUUUACCAAGAAGUCAAAAAGCCGAAAAAAAUCACCGAUUUCUCGAUUAGUGCCAUUAUGAAAGAUUGUAAGUAGUUCUAGGUUGCGUAUUUACCAAGUCUGUGAUAUUAGAUUGUAAUAAAUAUGAAAAUUUAUCUAAACGUUUUUCCGUUCAGUUCGUGUGUUUACUGAUUUCUAGAGCUUUUAUUUUUAUAUUUAAGUGCAAUAAAUAAUUAUUCGCAAAA